AAAAUAAGCUAAAAAGUUUAGCUGUUUAAAGCAGCAGUAGUGUAAAAGUCGGUGUUGAAUGACAUGACUUCUCCUCACUGUCCAAUCACCAAAUAGCUUUGAGUUUCCAGUUACUUGAGGAAGUGUUGCUAUGGAGCUCAAACUUCAACACCUCGCACUAAGUUUUCACUGCGGCUGCCUCACAGUGGACACACUUUAGUAAUCAGAGGGCUUAAUUAGGCUGAGAGGGGACAGCUGAUGGUAAACUCUCCUCAGGAGGACGGUGGAGGGAUGCAGGUCCACUCGGUGCCCCUCGGAUCUGUCACUAUUGGACCGCAGUCUUGGCGCGAUGGGACGGUCCGCUCCAUCCGGCGGGCGGAGCGCCUGGUGCGGCAGACACGGGCAGGGCAGCCCGGGACCCGCAGCCGGCCCCGGAGCUGCAGCGCCAGUGUUACCCCCGAGAAGCGCGCAGACUGCGCAGCGGAAACAAGCGAUAAGAUCACAGGAGAGGAAUGCGGAGAGAGUCGUGACUGCAUCUGCAAAAAUAAGAUGUCGAGGCCCCAAACUACAGGAGCCAUGUUUGCCAGUGGCUCCCAGAGGACGUCUGUGGCCCCGUUCCCGCCUACCAGCUUGCGUGAGCAGUGUGCCGGGGCCAGUAUUGCCGUGGCCGGUGAGUACAUGCGGAGGGUGCGGGAGGUGGAGGGUCAGCUGCGCAGGCAGGCCGGCAGGGUGGCCCAGGAGGGCAUCAAGCUGGAGAGGGAGAGGGGUCACCUGGAGAGGACGCUGCGCAGCCUCAGGACCGAUUUGACGGUGAACAGGCGGAGCUCAGAGGAGAGGUCCAGGAGGCCAUCCACUGCUGAGACUCAGAGAGACGGUGCCGAUUACCUGUUGUUGUGUGAGAGGAGAGAGCUGGCCCAGUUGAAACAGGAUCUGGAGGGAGCGCUGAGAAACACACUGACCCAGCUACAGGCUCUUGGUCAGAGCAGCAGACAGCUGCUGGACUGCGCCAGUGAGCGAGCUCGCGUCCUGGAGCUGCUGCCUCACAGCGGCUUCACUGGAGGACACGGCAGCGCUGCACAGACCCUCAACAAAACAGACCCCGUCAGCCCCUUUACACCAGAAUGCAAACAGGUUUUGGAUUCGUCCACUUCGACCGUCAACCAGUCGCAGCUGCUGCGGGAAAACGUCAGACAGAUGCUGGCCAACGCCAUCGCCAGGCAGAAAGCUGCUCACCUUGCCGUCAAUGAUGGCCUGGUGAAGAAAAUCGCAGAGACGAUGAGUCUGCAGCAAAACCUGACUUUGAUGUCUGCAGCCACCAGGCAGGCCAUGUUUCGCAAGCAGAGGGAAAUUAACUGUAUUCGUCACAGCCACGACCGACUGCAGGGUCCAGAGCACAGCGGAGACAUACUGUCCAGAGAGAAACUCAACAGGCCGAUGGUGCAGGUUUAUCACAGACACCCGGGGACACAGCUGCCCGAGGCUGCUCAUCUCAUACAGGGCAGCGCGGUGCUCAGGCGAUGUCUCAUGUCCUCUGAGGGUGAGCUGGCGAGGUUGCAGCGUGCCUGUUUGCAGCUGCUGGACGACCAGCAGAGCAAGAGAGCAGCAGCUCAGGUAGACGCAGCUGUUAUCCGGAUGAGGCGACAGCAGGUCGACAAGCGAGCCGUGCCCUCUGUCAUCCAGCAGGAGGCGCUGCAGAGGCCGACUCCCCUUAUCUUGAGCUCAGUAGGGCUGCAGCAGGCAUGCAAGUAGAGAGAGAUGAUGGCUUUAAAUGUGUUGCCAGUAAUAGGAAGCAGCCAUGUGCAAAAUGUACUGGCUCAACAUUAAUAAGAUAUGAUAAAAGCAACUGUAUCUGGCCAAAUGUAUAUGGACACCCCGGUCAUAUAUUCUUGUGUACCUUGUUGCAAAUUUCCCUGCUGUGGGUAAAGGAGAAAGGAAACCAGGUUUUGGAACAAAAUUACAUAUGAGUUGAAUGCUCAGGUGUCCACAUACUUUUGGCCACAUGGUGUUGUUCCUUCAGUGAGCUGAACUUAUGGAGUUAGUAUAUUCUCUCAUUUCCCUUUUAGCAGUGACAUUUCAAACCCUGAAAUUUAAUUAAAGUUUAAAAAAGUAACAAGUCAGAAAACUAUGCGUGAGACUUGUCUGUUAAAAACAAAAUUGUCAAGUAACCUUUAAAUAUCCAGGAUUUGGAGGCAUCUAUGAGCAGAAAUGGUAUACAAUAUUCAUUGAAAUAUGUUUUUAUUUGUGUAUAAUCACUUUUUACCACUUUAAAUGGCCUGUAUUUGUACGUGACAGACACAUUUUCUUUGUGCAGUAGAUCCCAGCCACCUGUUGUUAAAAGAAAUGCCAAGAUUUUAUUUGCUGUAACCAUUUCAUCGUGCUCUAAUGUGGUUAUCUUUACUGCAAUAAAACAUGACCCGGAUA